AUGCUGCUGUUGACAACCAUAACCAUUACACAUUCAUAUAAGCCACAUAAACCUGUGCUAUUGAGUGAAUCAAUAAACACAUUGGUGACUAAUAGACACGGAAGGUACGUAGAUGGCACAUUGGGAUCAGGUGGUCACUCAAAAGCUAUCAUUUCAUCGUUAACUGAUCAAGGUUCACUUAUUUGCGUUGAUAGGGACCCAGAGGCCAUUAAAUUCGCACAAAAUCUCUCUGAAGACCGCGUAACAAUUCUUUUAGGCAAUUUCGGACAGUUAGAAUCACUACUUUCCACUCAUUCACUACCAACAACUGGAUACUCGGGCAUUCUAUUGGAUUUGGGUGUAUCUACUCAUCAAUUGGAGGAACCGAAUAGAGGGUUUAGUUACAAAAAAAACGGAAUACUUGAUAUGAGGAUGUCAAACCCAUUAUUCGACUCAAAUUCCAAUUUCGGAAAUACAUACAGUUGCAACACGGCUCAAUAUAUUGUAAACAAUUGGCCUGAGGAAAGGCUAUACAACUUAUUUCGCGAGCUUGGCGAGGAGCCCAGUUCUGCUACAAUAGCACGAUCGAUAGUUUAUUAUCGCAAAAUCAAGCCAAUAACCACAACAUACGACUUAAAAUCUGCUAUUCUCAAGGGAUUAUCUGGAAAUGUCCCAUUUGACACCGAUAUUUCAAAACAGUAUAUCGACAGUAAUAAAUACAACACCUAUAAAUCAUUGCGGAACAACGAAUUAGACGUUUGCGGAUCAAUCCAAGAUUCUGAAGUUAGCGAAUUAGAUACAUGGGUUAUUGGCAAAGAUACUAAGGUGGCAAAUAGGCAUGAUUACACGACGUUAUCUCGCAUAUUUCAGUCACUUCGCAUGGUCGUAAAUGACGAAUUGUAUUUUUUGGAGCAAUUUUUAUUAGCUUGUCCAGCACUAGUAGGUGUGAAUGGAAGGAUUGUGAUAAUUUCUUACCAUUCACUGGAAGAUAGGAUGGUAAAGCAUGCUUUUAAGAACUUAUCUGUUCCUCAAAAUGGUCCAAACUGGAAGAUUGUAACUAAAAAGUGUAUCACACCUUCUGCUAGUGAAGUUUCCGAUAAUCCCAGGUCUCGUAGUGCCAAAAUGAGAUGUAUUGAACGUGUUUCCUAA